GAAAUGGCUUUCCCUUGAAACCAAAUUUUAAUCAGGACACUGAGAAGACAAGACAGCCUCGGACAUGGACUUGAAAGGGGCGAGAUCAAGAAAAAAUCAUGUUCAUCAUUUGGUUCUCGUUCCUUGUCCCUUACAAGGGCACUUGACCCCCAUGUUCCAUCUGGCUAAUCUCCUUCUCUCCCGCGGCUUCGCCGUGACCGUUAUCCAGAUCCCAUCCCCGAGUUGGAGAUCCCUUGAUUGCACCCAUCCUAAUCCUUCCUUCCCUAGCCUCUUCUUCGAACCAAUCGCAGAUGGUGUCGCGUGCGACGAUGAUGCCUCCAACGCCGGGGAGGAUGUCAUGUCCUUCCUGCUGGAGCUCAACUCCAAGUGCAGGGAACCAUUCCGGGACUGCCUGGACCGGGUGGCAUCCAGUGCACCGAGAGGUUGCAUCUCGUGUCUUAUUCACGAUGCUGUCAUGUACUUCCCGGUUGAUGUCGUCGAAGAUCUCAGUAUUCCUAGGUUGGUCCUCAGGACGAGCACCGCCGCUAACUUCCUCGGGCUUUCACUCUUGGACCAGAAAGGCUUCCUUCCACCCCAAGGAACUAGACUGGUGGAGAUGCUCCAAGAACUGCCGUCGAUGAGGGUGAAGGACCUGCCUCUUUUCGAUAAAUGCAAACAGGCAUCGACCGAAGAAGUCCUGAUUAAGAUCCACAAAGGAACAACGACUGCUUCGGCAAUCAUAUGGAACACUCUCACCUGCCUCGAGCAACCAUCGCUCGAUAAGAUCAGCGCCACCCUCUCGGUUCCGAUCUUCCCCAUUGGCCCCCUCCACAGGCUGUCGGCGGAGAUCAUGGUUACUUGGGCCCCCGAAAAUCAGAAGAUAGAAGAAGGCCGCACAGGCUAUAGUGCAGCUACAGAUGAGGUUCCGAGGCGUUGGGCUGAAGACAGGAGCUGUAUUGAAUGGCUGGACUUGCACCCACCCGGGUCUGUGGUCUACGUGAGUUUUGGGAGCUUAGUCACACUAUCCGAGAGCGAACUGACCGAGAUAUCCGAGGGGCUAGCCGAGAGUGGGCGGCCCUUCCUGUGGGUCAUCAGGGCCCGUCCGGUAAAUUCGGCAUCUCUGGAAGCGAUACGAGAGCUCACCAACACGAGCAAGAGGGGGAAGAUCACAAGCUGGGCCCCGCAGAGAGAGGUCCUGGCGCACCGUUCAGUCGGGUGUUUCUGGACACAUAGCGGAUGGAACUCAACGUUGGAGAGCAUGAGCGAAGGGGUCCCGAUGCUGUGCUGGUCGUAUGUCGGGGACCAAAGGAUUAUAUCGAGGCUCGUCAGUGGAGUCUGGAAGGUGGGGCUGGAGCUGGAAGUUGAUGACGGGAUCGACAGCGGGCCUCUCAAUGGAAGCAAAGUCGCGAGUGCCAUCAAGAGGAUAAUGUCGGACGAGGAAGGGCGGGAGAUGAAGAGGAAGGCCAUGGCAUUGAAGGAACAGAUCGAUGUUUCUCUAAGACAAAGUGGCUCCUCCCGUCAGUUCCUAGACAAGUUGGUCGCUUUCAUUCAUCAACUCGCUUAAAAGCAUACACAGUCCGACUUUCUUUUCGCCUAUUUUACCGUUCCUACAGAUGGCGCGGGCGUUUUCGCUUAAAAGGGUUUGUUUGAAUUUAUAGUUGAGUUGAGUUGAGUUUUGGUUUUAAUUAGUUUGUAAUGAUUGUAUUGUUAAAUUAUGAGAAAAAGUGUGAAAAAUUAAUAAAUAAUUGAGAGAAAGUAGUG